AUGUCAAACUCAUAUGACUAUACUGUUGGCUGGAUUUGCGCUAUCGAGACUGAGUAUAUUGCUGCCAGAGUAUUCCUCGAUGAAGAAUACCAAAAGCCAAAGGUGACUUCUCGAAAUGCAUUUACUGUGGGCCGGAUUGGAGAUCAUAAUGUGGUUAUUGUUCUUCUACCUAUCGGAGAAUACGGCACGGCGUCCUCCGCUAGAGCAGCAGAAGAUAUGGCGCACAGCUUUCCCAAUAUUCGGAUUGGCCUCAUGGUUGGCACUGGUGGCGGCGUGUACAGCCCAGAGCACGAUAUUCGCCUAGGUGAUAUUGUUGUGAGCGUUCCGGAAAAUGGACAAGGCGGUGUUUUCCAGUACGAUUUUGGCAAGACAAUACAAGGCCAAAAAUUUCAGUGGACUGGGUUUCUGAACCAGCCUCCCACUGUCCUUCGCUCAGCAGUUGGUGAACUUAAGGCGCGGUAUGAAAGCGAUGGCCACUCUCUGAAUGACCUGAUAACUCAAGCUCUUGCAAAGAAGCCACGACUGCGGAAAAAGUUUAGUCGCCCUAACGAGGUCAAUGAUCGGCUUUACCGAAGCGACAUUAUCCACCCUCACAAUUGCGAAGUGAGCUGUGCUGAGCAUUGUGGUAAUGAUGAGUCCCGUCUCAUCUCAAGACACGUGCGCACCGAAGAAGAGGAUAAUCCCAAGAUUCACUAUGGCCUUAUUGCAUCUGCUAACCAGUUAAUGAAAGAUGCUUCGGUUCGCGAUAUACUGAGUAUGGAAAAGGAUGUGUUAUGCUUUGAGAUGGAAGCCGCUGGGCUAAUGAAUAAUCUUCCUUGUUUGGUAAUCCGCGGAAUUUGUGACUAUGCAGACUCCCAUAAAAAUGAUGACUGGCAAGGAUAUGCAGCAAUGGCUGCAGCUGCAUAUACGAUGGAUCUACUACGUCAGGUUGGUCCCCUCGAAGAUGUGAAGAGGAUUAGAGAUAGUCUUUCAUCAGGUUAG